AUGGAAAGAAACUCAAGGAACCACAUUGCAGGGGGUCAUAGUAGUCAUAUUUCAUCAUAUACCGGCAAAAGUUCGGACUAUGGUGAUCCUUAUGCCACUAAAAUCACAGGUAAUAAAGGAAAAGGAACUAGAGCAAACAGACAGAGUAACUCUAUUUCUCCUGGCAAAGCUGCUAAAUCAACCAAUUUCUCUCAAGACCCAAAGAAUAAAAGCAGACUGAUAAUCCGGGAUGCAAGCCUUGGCUCAAUGAAAUCAACCAAGAGAUAUGCUCCUGGAACCACUAAAUCUAGAAAACGAGUUGUGAUGUCUUCCUACACGAAACAAGUUAACCUAACUGUCAAGAAGAUGAGAGAGGACCUUGAUCCUGAAAAUAUCAUGGAUGGAAUUGAAAAGCUAGACCUCGAAGUCCAGCGGCUUGACGAACAAAUCCCUCCAGACUUUCAAUACGAAGUAGAAAUCUCUGAAAUGGUUGAUGCUAACAAGGAGCUCAAGGACAAAGUCAACGAAAUCGCUUUGCUCGUGAAAAACUCACUUGCCAAGAUCAAUAAGCCCAAGGCUAAUGUCAAAGUUUCCAGAGAAGGCCCUCGAGAUGACCCUGAGCUCAUAAGCCGUAGAAAGACUAGGGAUAAAAUUCACAAAGAAAUCAGAAAGGCCAGAGAGAAGAUGACCAAACUUCGCGCUAAGGCAAAUUCAAGGAUUGUAGAUCCUCGUGAGGAGAAAUUUGAGGAUAACCUCCGCACCCUGAACACAGAGGUAGAGACCUUAAAAGAUGAGCUGAGGAUUCAUAAAUAAGCAAACAAAGAGGCAGAAUAAUACUCUUUCUAAGGAGCAAAAUUCCGUUUACCAGAUAGGGAUGGAUACAGAUUACUCUAAAAGAAUCCAAGAAAUUAAGGAAGAAAUAGUCACUACAAAAGAGCAAGUUAAGACCAGAGAGAAGGAACUAAAAGAGAUAGAAUCUAAGAGCCAGCAUAAGACUGCUGAGUUCCUUAAGAUUCAGAAAGAAUUCCGUAAAGUUCAUGGAAACUCUGUGCUGCUCAAGCAUAAUAAACCCACAAUGGAGCUGCAGAAGAAGCAGUCCCUGAAAGAUGAGGAGAAAUUCAAGCUGAAAAAGCAGAAAGAUUUCGAAAAGCAAUAUCGUAACGAAGAAACUCUCCAUAGCGAUCUUAUGAAACGGUUUGAUAAGUUCAUUUCUUCUAAGCAGGCCCAGAUCAACGAAGUUAAAGCAAAGAUGGAAAAAAUAACUGACCAGAAUAAGAAGCUGGGAAGUCAGAUGAAAGACCUCAAAGAGAUGGCUAAAAAGCCAAAAUAAUUAUAUGUCUCCAAC